AGCAACUAGCAGUUAUAAUAAUAAAUAUAUUUUUAAUUAUAUAUUUUACGAUUUUAAAACGUUAAGUAAAAUAGGCUAUUCGAUAGCUGCGGUUAAAACUGAUAAACGCUCGGUAUGGACAGAACUUUUAAAAGCGACUUCUGUACAUACCUACUAAUGUAUGCAUUUAUAAAGAUGUAUUACAUAACCCCCUUUUAUCAGAUCGGGUCGCAGGCAAUACAUAGGCGGUACAACCUUGCUACCUUAGGUACCUAGCUACCUAAUGUAGGUAGGCUACAUGUAGGUACUUCUAAGUUCCAUACUUUACGCGCAUCGCGUCCAGUCGCGAAAUUCCUUCUGAACACUUAGCAAGUAUUCUAAGCUCAACUCCCGAAAUCGCAACAUCCCGUAUUCGAUUAUACGAGAAAGGUCAAUUCAAUAUGGCUCCAGGCCCUGUUGUCGAGGAGGUCGAAGUGGACAUGGCCCAGGACUAUGAUGAAGACGAGGAGCAGAGGCUCAUCAAUGAAGAGUACAAGACGUGGAAAAAGAAUUCACCCUUUCUCUAUGAUAUGAUCCUCAGCACCGCCCUAACAUGGCCUACUCUCACGGUCCAAUGGUUUCCCGACGUAAAGGAGCCCGAGGGAAAGAACUGCCGUAUCCACCGAGUCCUAAUCGGAACGCAUACCUCUGAGGGCAAGCCAAAUCAUCUCCAGAUUGCCCAGGUCGAGAUACCGAAGUCGGUUCGCCCUAAUGCAAAUGACUAUGAUGACGAGCGGGGUGAAAUUGGUGGCUACGGCAAAUCCCCGUCUACAGAUGUUACCACAGCUAUGAAAUGGAGCAUCGUCCAGAAGAUCGACCACCCUGGCGAGGUCAAUAAGGCUCGUUACUGCCCUCAGAAUCCCGACCUAAUCGCGACAUUAGCUGUCGACGGUAGAAUCCUCAUCUUCGAUAGAACUAAGCAUAGCUUCGAGCCCAACGGCAAGGUUAAUCCUCAAAUUAGUCUUGAAGGUCAUAAGCAAGAGGGGUUUGGUCUCAACUGGAAUCCCCAUUCUGAAGGCGCUUUAGCGUCAGGAAGUGAGGAUCAGACCGUCUGUCUUUGGGAUCUCAAGUCGCUACAGAAUGGCAGCACAACUCUCGGUCCUUCUCGCCGGUUCACUCAUCAUACUAACAUCGUUAACGAUGUUCAAUAUCAUCCUAUCUCUAAAAACUUCAUUGGUAGUGUAUCUGACGAUUUAACCCUGCAGAUCAUGGAUGUGAGGCAGCCGUCUAAUAUUCAUUCAUCCUUGGUUGCCAAAGAUGGGCAUAGCGAUGCCAUUAACUCACUAGCAUUCAACCCGUCGACCGAGGUUCUUGUGGCGACCGCAUCCGCCGACAAGACCAUCGGCAUCUGGGACCUUCGUAACGUAAAGGAAAAGGUCCAUACGUUGGAAGGCCACCAAGACGCGGUCACCUCUCUUUCUUGGCAUCCCCACGAAGCAGGCAUUCUAGGCAGUGCUAGUUACGACCGGCGAAUCAUCUUCUGGGAUCUGAGUAGAGUUGGUGAGGAACAACAACCGGAUGAUCAAGAAGAUGGGCCUCCUGAACUUUUAUUCAUGCACGGCGGCCACACUAAUCAUCUUGCCGAUUUCAGCUGGAAUUUGAACGACCCUUGGCUCGUAGCAAGCGCUGCUGAGGAUAAUAUGCUCCAGAUCUGGAAAGUUGCUGAUUCUAUCGUUGGAAAAGACGAAGCCGAUCUUCCGUUGGAUGAACUUGGCAGGUGAGCGAGGUGGAUGUGAUAAAAAGCUGUGACUUGAGCCCUGCCGCUUAGGGCAAGGCGGAUUUUCAGGAUCAACAGAUGAGGAAGAGGAGGCAGACAUACCCAUACGGCCUAUUAGAGGGUUGGCGAGCUGGAGCACCUUUAUUAUAUGGCUAGGGUUAGGAAGACGGUAGAUAUCAAAGGGGUGAAGGCCAUUGAACCCUUUUCCUAUUACAACGAAACGUUUAAUCGAGGGCUUUCGAUUUGUACGAUCCGAACGAUUACAAUUGUUUCCUCUUGGGCGCAUGUGGAUUGUGAUCAAACUACUCUACAUGCACAUGCUGAGCUUAUAAAAUAAUAAAUAAGCGUACGGAAGAUCUGAGUUGUUUUACGCAUAUUUUUCAGACAGUUGCUCCUAGCUACGGUUUUCCCAUCCUUAAUUAUAGAAAAUAAUAAUAAUAUUUUUAUUAUAAUAAUUACG